ACCAGUACCAUUUCACCUCCAUCAAUCACCUCUACUCCCGACCACUUCUGAACUCAGCCAACCUAUCAGCCACCCUAUGCAAUCAAUCAACCCUCUAAUCUCUCUCUCCGUCUUAUCCUCUCCAUUGUCACACACAGUAACCCUAGAAGCUAGGAUUGAGAGAGAGAAUUAGGGUUAUCCUCAAGAGCUAAAAGCAAACAUCAAAUCAAGAGUUGCAGGUAGAAUUGCAGAGGGGGUUUGUCGGAAAAUACGUUUUGAGUCGCAAUCAGGUGCUCACAAGCCUGUUGUACAAGCCAAGGAAGAAAUCUGGCAGUAGCGCAUUCUCCCAGUUCUGUACCGGCUGUGUUCUGUAAACUCUUGUGCAGAGCCAAGAAAAGGACGGCAAGUCCGUGGUGCCGACUCUAGCCUGUUGCCAAAGGUAAGUUUCUAGAAACCUACUCUGAUCCAAAUACUGCCUUUUGUUGCUAUUCCCUGAAUGAUUUUGAAAGUUGAUUUAUGAAAAUAGCUUCAUAGUUGUGUUACAUGACGAGCUGGCCACUUGUUUGUUAACCACAGUUUAAUUGCUAAACAUCCAAUAAAUCAUGUCAGGAUUCUGGUCUGCAAUUGAUGAUGAGAAAUCAUCGCACAAAUCCAUUAGACAACUUGCACAAGAGCAUGCUUCACGUUAUGAGCCUCCCACAAACCAUGAUGUUGAUAAUUAUAGGGAAUAUUACAGACCUUUUCAGGGUCCUGAGCUUGAAUAUACAGACCCUAGUUCUUAUUCGCACAUGUAUCAUUCGCCACAGGUUGAAAAUGAACAUUUUUGUAAUGCCCAGCUCACACAAUCAUCACUUUUGGAACAGUUAAAAGCUCAAAUCACAGAAUUAGAAAUGCAAAUAUAUGUUUGUACCUUGUGUGGUAACUUGUAACUUAGGCCAUCUUAUUGAGAACUGCCCUGUUUUGCAUGAAUUUAGGCAAUAUAAAGCGCAUCAGGUUGCUGGCGUAUGUCAAAUGCAAGAUAAUCAUCCCUACCCUCAGACUUGCAACAUAAAUCCCUGUUACAAUGAUGAUAAUGAAUUAAAUUUUGAAAACAGUAUGUUUAGUCCUACUCAUGCAACUGAUAGUGAAAACGAACCUAAUAUAGAGGUAAAAGAAGGGACUAGAAAUACUACAAUUUUGAAUAGGGAAAUGCAUUUCUGUUAUGAUGAUGAUGAUUAUGAUGUUAUGUUAGAAGAACAUGUUUAUGCAGAAAAUAUUGUGGAACCUUUGGGUUCAGGAACAUUAGGCUUUUCUGCCUCGACCUUCAUGAAUGAUGUUUCUUCUAGUGCUACAUAUACAUGUGAUGUUAAUACUGAUCUUGGGCCUGUGCAACUGACCUGUGAAAAAGAGCACGACACACAUCUUGUGUCUGACAUAGGUAAUGUUGAAUCUUCUGUUGACACUAAUGACCUUAUGCAUGAAAAUAUAAUUGACGUGUCUGAUUCUCUACCUAGGUCACAGUAUGAUGUCUCUUUCGAUUUGCCUAUGCAUGAGAAUAAAGUUUUGAAUGAUGCUGAUGAUUCUGAAUUGUGGUUCGUUAAUUUGUCCAAUGACUGUGAGCAUGAUAGAGCACUAUUUGUUUCUGCCUUGGGAAAAACUAGAUUGCGUAGUGAUAUUUUUGAGCCUAAAAUUGAAUGUAAUUUAAAUGCAUCUGAUUCCCUUCCUAGAACACAGUGUGUUGCUCCCUCUGAUUCUCUUAUGAAUGACACAAAGGUUUUGGAUGAUGAUGAUUAUGAACUAGGGCUUGAUGAAUUGUUCUAUGAAAAUGAACAUGAUAUGCAUGUUUUUGAUUUUAGGAGAGUGUGUGUUGGUACGAAUGAUUUUGUACAUGAAAAUAACUUAGAUAUACCAACUUCCCUGCCCAUGUCACAAACUGGUAAUCUUCCAACCAACCUAGAUUUGGUUUGUAACAAAAUUGUAAAACCAACUUUGCUGAGAAUACCUAAUCUAGGAUUGGAACUGUGUGCCUCCCAAGUCCUCUUGGACUAUUUUUCAGACAAGUAUAAUGUUUUUAAGAAGCCACAGUUGGAAUGCGCUCAUGUUUCUCUGGACGUUCCUAACACAGUUCAUUUUGAGUUGGACCUUGUGCAUGAUGAACCCUUGAAAUUGCAGGAUUUUGUGUACAAAAGUGUAUCUGUUGUAAAAUCCAGGUUUGAGGUAGCUCAUCUUGUUUUGCAGUCUCACUUACAUUUCUGUCCUAUUAUAAUUGUGUGAGGCUGUUAAAAUUUUUGCACUCCGUCUUUUGGUCUGAUCCUCAACUCUUUAGAUUGUUGGUGUAUGGUGAAAUUUUCUUUUAUAUAAUCCAAUAAGUAAUCAUAUUUCCUACCUUUUUCUUGUUUAUAUUGUGCUAAUCCAAUAUGAUCUCAGCUGAAAAUGUUGGAUACUAGCCUUGAAUAAUGAAGCUCUAAUCUUGCUUUUGUCGACAUACCGGUAAUCUCUUCCCUUUUCUUUACUCAGCAUAGUUUCUCAUGGUAUGUUUCUGUUUAAAUUCUUAUCAACUUUUGAAACAUUAAGGACAAUGUUAGAUUUAGGUAUGGGGGAGUGUUUUGCAUAUAGAGUUCUCGGUCUUUUCUUUUCAUCUUAUUUUUAAAAAAAAAAUGAAAAUUUUCUGUAAAAAUUUGCAUAAAACCUCCAACUUUUAGAGAUUUUGGAGUCACUAGCAUGCUCCUAGCUAUGGUUACAUAGAGAGGCUGACCGAAAUAACUGAACUUGGAAGAACUGCAGAACACAAUCGGGUUUCUUAGUUGUUAGAGCGUUAAAGUUGGAUUUAAACAUGCCGGUGGGAAAAUUAGGUGCUGCAAAGAUAUUUGGUAGUAGAGUUGUGAUCACCCUUAGUGGAGACUACCUAUUUUUAAAUUAAGCGAGGCACCGACCUUCAUUUUUUUGUGACCAUCUAAAAAUCCCUUUUAGAGUGUGUCACCGUACGUAAAUUCCGGGUAGGAAUGGUGAGAUACCCAACUUCGCACCACUUUCAACACUAUUUUUGAUCUCUUGAGUGCUAAUUUUGUCAAUCAUGAAAAUGACGUCUAAAGAUGAAAACUUCUUCUUGUAGUUUGAUUUGCAGUUAGCACCAUUCUUUCUCUCACGACAACAUAACGGAUCCAUAGAAACACAUCAUCAUCAAACGAGCAGAGCAACGUCAGAAUAUAUGAAGAAAAAUUGAAAUAGUCCAAGGUUCACAUGCAACAACUCAAGGAAAGGUAAAAAGUUCUUAUUCAAAGUUAAGAUACAGUACAAAAAGCAGAAUUCUAUACACAUUUGAAGAGAUAUUUUACAAGAGCAAAGAAAAGAAAAUAAGAUGAGAAAUAGUGAAGUUCAUAAAAUCAAGACAAUACAGGUUGUGAAGGAUUAAGUUAUAAAGUCCUUCAUCUUAUCUUAAUUUAGUAGUUUUCCUAGUUAUUUUGUUACUUUCAGUUUGUCAUCUUAUCUUAAUUUAAUUUAAUUAAAAAAAAUGAAAAAUACAGUUUGUUUUUAGUUUUGCUUAAUAAACACCGUGGUAAAGAAGAAUGUAACAGGAAACUUCAAGCAACAAGGAAA